CGGUCUUGCCACCGUAAAAGGAUCAUCAUUUACAAGAUCGAAAUUCCGGAACCUGAUUUCUGACCGAGCGGCCAAAGCCUGCUGAUAGAACGAACGCCCACCUCUCUAAAGUUACCUUUCUUGUCAACAACCACCUGUUCGAUAGAGCGAGGGAAUCGAGAGUUAGCCGGACCUUCAUGAAAGGGAAAGCAAAGAAGCUCCAGAGUUUUUGAGAGGAAGUAAAAAAAAGUUAACGUUCGCUAAGUUUGUUUUUAAGGUCACGUGUUUUUAAAUGUUGUGUUUGGAAUAGUUUAGGAGUUGAAAGUUUUACGUUUCUUAUUAUAAGUAAUUUGUUCUGAAAACGAUUGUGAUUUGAAAAAAAUUGAUAAACUGUUUUAUGUAAGUUAUGGAGAAAAAACGAGUAAUAAUUCGAAAUAUGCUGAUAAACGCACACAUUUUCAUCAUCACUGUGAAUAUUUUAUGCUCCAAGGCGAUGGAAACAAAAAUUUCUGUGGAUUGUCACAGUGAUCCAGAGCAUAUAGUGGUCAGUGUGCAUACAGAUGUAUUAUUUGAAGGAUUGGUAUAUGUAUCUGAUAGAUACGGUGAUUUCAAUUGUACAGCCUUUGGAACUAGAAAUGACACAACAGUUCUUAAAGUACCAAUGAAAGGCUGCAGCACUCAUGAGAAACAUCCAGGCCUCUUCAUGAGUAAGGUAACUGUACAGCAAAACCCAAUGAUAGUUAGUGCCGGUGAUGGUGAAUAUGAAGUUGGAUGUAAACUGUUCAGCGGUGAUCUUAAAGUUGACACUGACAACAACAUUGAUGUAAGCGGAUCGUACCAGAAGGGUCCUAUGAUGACAUCACCGUCACCCGGCCCUGAAGUUAAACUUCGAAUUUAUGACUUCGAAAAUGAUGUUUUUGUUGAAACUGUUCGAUUAGGCCAAGUCGUUGAAUUGGAAAUAACAAUAAGAGACGGGAGAAAAUAUCAAGGUAGCGUUUCGGAUUGUGAUGCAUACAAUAACAACGGUACCCGAUUUCCCGUUGUAAGGAACUUCUGUCCUGUAGAUGUCUCCAUAUCUGACAAAGUGUACGUAGACGACCAAAGUCGAACAACAGGAGAUUACUACCUCUACAUUCCCUUUCGAGUUUUUCGGUUCUUAGAUGGGUCUAAAGUGUUUUUCAGGUGUAACGUUAUAGUAUGCCAACACGAUUGCCCAUGGGCAGAUUGUGGUGAUUAUCUAGGAAUGUCCUAUGGAAGAAGGAAGAGAUCAGCUCCACCAGAAGAUAGUCAUACUCUGACAGUUACUAAUGAAGUAACGGUUAUGGAUGAAGAUCAUCGUGUGCCGAGAGCAGCUGGACAAGGAAUUGUCGAAGCAGAGUUUCCACCACCCAAAGCAACUCCUCUUCCCAACUCCUCAGCUACUGUAACUUCAGGUAUCACAGGUCUACCAAUUCCUCUUGAGUACCUAAUAGGCGGGGCAGCUUUGGUCAUAUCGCUUUUGGUUUCUGCUUGCGUCAAUGUAUUUCUCCUGCUUUUCAUACGGCGUCGAAUGGACAGAGGAAACGACAGAGAAAGUGUGACCACGGCAUCUGUACACGAUUCUCCUUUUGUGGAUUCCUUUUAUCGAAGCAGUAUGUACGAUCGGUAUAAUCCUAAAUACGAUCGUACGGAUUGGAAAUACGAAUCGAGAGAGAUUCUGUAUCCUCCAAUGCCAAUCCGACACGCCAGAACCAAUCGCAGAUCUCACAGUUUUCGAUACUAAUCAUGGUGAAUAAUUGGGAAAUGUUUUCAUGAACUGAAUAAUAGGGUGCUGCUGUGAUGUAAUUCGAACCAGAAAUGUGUUAUUUAGUUGACUAAAUAGCAUCAAUAGCAUGAAGAAUGAUCCAGUACUGCAGUAACACACUUGGGAGGAAGGUAUAGUGCACACCAUCGUGAUUGAAAAUUGCAUAUCGACCCUUACUUGGAAUUGUCAUCGUACACCGUUAGAGGUGCUUUUCUUUUAUGGACUGACUGCACAGUACUUUCAUUCACGUAAAUUAUCUUAAUUUUAUAAAAAUUUCAUGUUUUUUUAAUAAUUAUCGUCGAAAUCAGAAUUUGAAUUGUCAUUCAAAUUAGCCCAAUUUAGCCAUUUUUCAGUAGCCAGAAAAACCUGCUCAUCAGUAGUUUAUUUACUUGCCGACAAUUUUGUAGAACUCGCAGCCAAUUUUUUCUCCAAAUCAAUGAACUACAAUAAAACAGCUGUUUCUAAUCUAAUUUGAAUUCAAUUUUCUACAAUUUGUUAGGAAACAUAAAAUUAGAUAGUUCAGAUGAAUAAAGAUGCUGGUUCAAAUGCUUGCGAACAGCCUGCUCAUAAUAGGACAGCAUACCUAGCUGUGUACGUGUGAUGAUGGCCAUGCGUUGCUAUGCAAUUCUCAAUCUUUAUGGUGAUUCUCAAUUUUACCUUACCUUUAAGUUUGUAGUCGCUAUUAUCACCCUAUUUAACAUGAUAUUUCUGAGAUUCUUCGCAAGAAACCAGAUAACGGACAGCCUCAAUUAAAACGAAAUUAUUGCCAAAUUUAGUGAGGAUUAUUUUAAAAUUUUAAGAGUUUUAGGUUUAUGAAUUAAAAUUGAAAAAUGUAUAUCGGAGCACUUCCGCAAUGGAAAAUAAAAAGCCACAGUUUCAAUGCUUUAAUUUUGAGAGGCUAAGCCAGAUCUUUAGACUAUGCGUUCCAUCUUGUCGGAAGGAAUGGCAUAGAACGGUUAAAUAUUUUAAAAGUGAAACUUUUCAAAAAAUCGCCAGUUUGGCGAAGUUUUUAGACUUAUAUGACAAUUAAAAUUAAUGAAUAAUUCUUAAUUUUGCACAUUUUUUUAAACUCAAAUAAUGCAGUGUUGUAGUAACGCUUUAAUAUUAAAAAACUAGAUCUCAAAUGAUUUUCACUUUCACAAAACUGUGGUUUUUCGUAACAUUGACGUCUUGCAUCAUUUUCAGUACAUGCAUAGAGAACACUGGCUAGAGAUAGGCUAAAUUUGACCUGAAUAACUCUUGCAAACUCGCUGCAGUUAUAAAAAAAAGCAUAUUAUUCGCAAAAAAAGAAUUAUUUCACGUGAAAAUAGAACUAUCGAAAAACAGCCUUAAAAUGAAAACUUAAAAUUACGAAGGUAUUUUCCAUCACGAGAUCUUUAUUUUUAUAAACUCGCGUCAAAUGAAGCAAAAAAGAGAGAGAGGAAGAGAUUACUGAAUAUUUUUAAAAGAACAAAAACUUAAUAAAAGGCUAUUAAAACAGUUCCCUAUUCGAAUCUCGUCAGCGAACAAAAUUACAAGUAAAGACAGAUACAGAGAAUGAAAGAACAUACAUGCCUUGUUCGGGAUUCGAACUUAAAACCUUUCUGAUGCUUUCUGUCAGCUCACUCCACAUACCGGUCGGCCUAACAAAAAUAUUCACUGAAUGCCUACUUCAUAAAACAUUUUUUUACGCUUUUUGCGCAAAUUUACUCCAAGCAGUAGUGAAAUUGAAGAUACUAUAUGGCUUAAUUUCAAGCAAAAUUAUAGAAUUUCCCAACACUUGAAAGCACCAUAGCAUGAUUAUUCUAGUUUUUUUAUAUAUAUCUAACGCCUGAGUUAUUGUGUACAUCAAAACUAUUUUUAUUCAAAUUUAUUAAACCAAGAAUAAAAUAAUGCAUAAAUUUUCUUAACUCUGGAAAAAUCUUCCGAAAAAGCGUGAAAGUAAGCAACUAUAAUAAAUUACUAACUAUUUAAGCAAUUAAAGCGUGAUUGUUUCAUUACUUUAUUUAUAUCAUGUAUGUAUUUAUUUCAUAAAACCAUUUGUUUUCUUUAUUCAUAUUUUAUUAAACUUUAUUAACUGUGAGGUUCUAUGCGUGAAACAUGACUAUGUGUAUGAUUUAUGUAUGUUCAUUUGUAAAUAAACUAAUUCAUAAAAGUG